AUGUCUGCCAUGCAAGACGAAGCUUUCUCCGUCUACGGACUCUGGCCAAAGCGCCUGAUGAUAGUAUCGGUAUCGCUAUUCGCCCUCCUCGGUACCAUGGCCACUAGCAUGUACUAUCCUGCACUUCCGACAGUAGCUAGCGAUCUUGGCGUAUCUAUCAUGGACGUCAACCUAUCAGUAACAACAUUCAUGAUCCAGAUUCUCCAAGGCAUCGCCACCCCGUUCGUCGGCAGUUUCUCAGACUCUAGUGGUCGUCGCCUCGCGUACGUCGCGUGUUUUUCGAUCUUCCUUAUCGCCAACAUUGCUCUGGCGCUACAGAACACUUACACCGGACUACUGGUGCUACGGUGUGUCCAGAGCACGGGCGCCGGUGGAUUGAUUCCUCUCGCCAGCGGUGUCAUAGCAGAUAUUGUCGAGCCGGCUGAGCGGGGGUCCUAUAUGGCCUGGGCUACGGUUGCUCCUGUUCUUGGACCUGCCUUGGCACCUGUGCUAGGCGGCGCCUUGACUCGGUAUCUUGGGUGGCAUUCCAUCUUUUGGUUCCUGGCUAUUGCAUGCAUCGUUCUGGGCAUUUCAUUUCUCUUCUUCUUUCCCGAGACCAACCGUAAGCUUGUUGGCAACGGAUCACUUGUGCCACCAAGUCUCAGUCAACCCUUGUACUUCUUCUUCAUGCAGAGGAACAAACAGCAGCAGGGCGAUGCGAUGGAGCGGAAGCCCAUGUCUUUCCCUAAUCCAUUCGCGAUCUUGAAGGUGGUGCUGGACAAGGAGGGGGCGGUGGUCCUUGCGGACAACGGCGUCAUCAACAUCCUAAUUGCUGGAGUCAACACUGGGCUUCCGCCGCUUAUGACGAAACUCUAUGGUCUCUCGGAGGUGCAAAAAUCCCUCUGUUUCUUGGCCUUUGGCAUCGGUAGCGCUAUCUGCACCGUCAUCACGGGCCGUCUCAUGGACAGAGCCUACGGAAGGACGGCUGCGAAGUAUAAUAUCCCGCUCAAGCUCGCCCGUCGCGACCUAAGAAUGCCUGUAGAGCACGCACGCUUACAGGUAACAUGGCCACACAUUGUCGCCGCUAUCGCUGGUCUUCUUGGGUACGGUUGGACUUUGAACAGGCCUACCCAUCUCGCCGGGCCUAUGGUCUUCCUGUUUGUCAUUGGCUACACCACUACCGCUGUGGCACAAGCUCUCAACGCUCUUAUGGUCGAUCUCUUUCCUCGGGAUGCGGCUACCGCCAGUGCAGCUAACAACUUGAUACGCUGUGGCCUGGGAGCUGCCAUAACUGCUGCCAUCCAACCGAUGACCGACGCCGUUGACCCUGGCUGGGCAUACACUAUCUGUGCGGGCUUUCUCUUAACUAUUGUUCCCUUUUUCAUUGCAUUGACUCGUUUUGGACCCGGAUGGCGGGCGGGCCGCGCUAAACAAGACACGAGAGACCAGGAAGAGGGAGGGAAUAUUGUGCAAGUUAUAGCAAGUAGAGAGGCGAAGGCAUCUUGA